AUGUUCUCGAGGCCAGCACUGUCAGCGGUAGGAUGAGAUUAUGCCACCACAGCUUUCUUUCGUACGCUGACGGAAUUGUAGGUUGCCGGUUCGGCGCUCCGCCCACGUCGCAACCCUCUGCUGUCGCCACGCUUCGCCGCGCUCCAGAAGUCCUUCCUAUCGACAGAAACACGACAGGCCAUCGACAAGGCCGUAGCAUCUGCGCCGGUGGUGCUGUUCAUGAAGGGAACCCCCGAGACACCGCAGUGCGGCUUCUCAAGAGCGAGCAUUCAGAUCUUGGGAUUGCAGGGUGUGAACCCGCAGAAGUUCACGGCGUUCAAUGUUCUGGAAGAUGAGGAGUUGAGGCAAGGUAGGCAUUUCCCUCGGGAGAAAAGAUGGAAUCGGUCGUUGGAGAAGGGGCCGCGGCCUUUGGGAAGGGAUCGUAUGCUAAUGGACAUACAGGCAUCAAGGAAUACUCCGAAUGGCCGACAAUUCCCCAACUCUACGUGGACCACGAAUUCGUUGGAGGCACGGAUAUACUGAUGUCGAUGCAUCAGGACGGCAGCUUGGCGAAGCUGCUGGAGGAGAAGGAUGUGCUGAUUCCGGCGGAGAGCGAUUCCAGUAGCUCCUCGUGA